AUGGCUGAAUACGCAGGUCAUAACGACUACGAUCAUGGCUACGGCCAUCAAGAUCACCAGCACCAGGGCAAUGCCGAGCCGUACUAUCAGGACGAACAACAGUAUCACGAUCAGCAUGGUGCCUAUGAUCACAAUGGCCAACAUAACAAUGAUGGCUAUUACGACGAAGCGGGCUAUUACAAUGCCGAUGCCAGUAACCCAUACCACCAGGAUGGAGGCUACUACGAGAACCAGGACCACUACCAAGACGAAUACUAUGAUAAUGGUCAACAUGGUGGCCAACAUCAUGGCCAGCACAAUGGCUAUUACGACCAGGGUUACGACCAGUCCGGCGGUCAGGCUCAUGGUGGCCAACGUCAUGCGUCCGAGGAGGACUCGGAGACCUUCAGCGACUUUACGAUGCGCUCGGACAUGGCCCGCGCCACUGACAUGGACUACUACGGCCGUGGCGAUGAGCGUUUCAACGGCUACAAUGACGGCCAGAUGCCUCCCGGUGGUCGCGGCUAUCGCCCGCCGUCCUCACAGAUUUCGUACGGAAACAACCGGUCGUCAGGUGCCUCCACUCCCAAUUAUGGUCUGGACUACGGCAAUGUUCUUCCCGCAGGCCAGCGCUCGCGCGAACCUUAUCCUGCAUGGACUGCAGAUGCUCAAAUUCCUCUGUCCAAGGAAGAGAUUGAAGACAUCUUCAUGGACCUGACCGCCAAGUUCGGUUUCCAGCGCGACAGCAUGCGGAACAUGUAUGACCAUCUCAUGACUCUGCUGGACUCGCGGGCCUCGCGCAUGACCCCCAACCAGGCUCUGCUGUCGCUUCAUGCCGAUUACAUUGGUGGCGAAAAUGCCAAUUACCGGAAGUGGUACUUUGCCGCUCACUUGGAUCUCGACGAUGCCGUUGGCUUUGCCAAUAUGAAAGGCCGAGGCCUUAAACGCAAGAAGCGCAAGAACAAGAAGGCCGAUGCCGAGAAUGAGGACCAGGUUCUUGAGGACCUGGAAGGCGACCAGUCACUUGAAGCAGCCGAAUACCGCUGGAAGACGCGCAUGAACGGCAUGUCUCAGCACGACCGUGUUCGCCAGGUCGCACUGUACCUUCUGUGCUGGGGUGAAGCUAACCAAGUCCGGUUUAUGCCUGAAUGCCUGUGCUUCAUAUUCAAGUGUGCCGAUGACUACCUCAACUCACCGGCCUGCCAAAACCAGGUGGAACCUGUGGAGGAGCUCACAUACCUCAAUAACGUCAUUACCCCGCUGUAUAACUACGUCCGCGACCAAGGAUACGAGAUUUUGAAUGGAGUCUAUAUUCGUCGGGAGCGCGACCACAAUAAGAUCAUCGGCUACGAUGACUGCAACCAGCUCUUCUGGUACCCCGAAGGCAUUGAGCGUAUUGUCUUCGAAGACAAGACGAAGUUGGUCGACAUUCCGCCUGCUGAGCGCUACCUGAAGCUUCAAGAUGUCGUCUGGAAGAAGUGCUUCUUCAAGACGUACAAAGAGACGCGGUCUUGGUUCCAUCUUCUUGUCAAUUUUAACCGCAUCUGGAUCAUUCACUUGACUAGUUGGUGGUUCUACACAUCUCACAACGCUCCCACUCUUCUUGUCCCUAAGUAUGAACAACAAGUGAACCAGUCGCCCCCUGCUUCUGCGCAGUGGUCAAUCGUUGGUUUCGGAGGAGCAAUCGCUUCGCUCAUUCAGAUCUUGGCUACCCUUGCGGAGUGGGCCUAUGUUCCUCGUCGCUGGGCCGGCGCUCAACACUUGACGAAACGCCUGCUCUUCCUGAUAGUGAUUCUCAUCAUCAACCUCGGUCCCGGCGUCUACGUCUUUAUGCCCGAAAAAGACCUGGCCGCCUAUACGAAGAAACAAGAGAGCAAGCCAGCGCUUAUUCUUGGCAUUGUUCAGUUUUUUGUUGCUGUCAUUACGUUUCUCUUUUUUGCGAUUAUGCCCCUUGGUGGCCUUUUUGGUAGCUAUUUGACCAAAAACUCGCGUCGUUACGUCGCCAGCCAAACGUUCACAGCCAGUUACCCUCGCCUUAAGGGCAACGACAUGCUUCUGUCGUAUUUUCUCUGGGCCUGUGUUUUUGGUGCCAAGAUGGGCGAGUCUUACGUGUAUCUUACACGUGCAUUCCGUGAUUCGAUUCGUUAUCUUGCCAUCAUGAAUGUCGACAGCUGCCUCGGAGACACAAUUUUGAAACAGUACCUCUGCAAAUACCAACCUCAGAUUUUGCUUGGGCUCAUGGGCUUCACGAACUUGAUCUUUUUCUUUUUAGACACGUUCUUGUGGUACGUCCUGUUCAACACGGCCUUUUCUAUUGCCCGAUCUUUCUAUCUUGGUUCAUCGAUCUGGACACCUUGGCGCAACAUCUUCUCCCGUUUGCCCAAGCGCAUUUACUCGAAGAUCCUGGCUACUACCGACAUGGAAAUCAAGUACAAGCCAAAGGUUCUCAUCUCUCAAAUCUGGAACGCCAUUGUUAUCUCCAUGUACCGCGAGCAUUUGCUGGCUAUCGACCACGUUCAGAAGCUUCUGUACCACCAGGUUCCUUCAGAGCAGGAGGGCAAGCGGACCUUGCGCGCGCCUACUUUCUUCGUGUCGCAGGAGGAUCAUUCGUUCAAGACGGAAUUCUUCCCCUCACAUAGUGAGGCUGAGCGCCGUAUUUCCUUCUUCGCCCAAUCGCUGUCGACUCCGAUCCCUGAACCGCUUCCUGUUGAUAACAUGCCGACUUUCACUGUUCUCAUCCCCCAUUACAGUGAAAAGAUUCUGCUGUCGUUGCGUGAGAUUAUUCGCGAAGACGAGCCUUAUUCCCGAGUCACCCAGCUCGAAUAUCUGAAACAACUCCACCCGCACGAAUGGGAUUGCUUUGUCAAGGACACGAAGAUUCUUGCUGACGAGACGUCUCAAUUUAACGGUGGCAGCGACCAAGAGAAGAACGAGAAGGACAGCGCAAAGAGCAAGAUUGAUGAUCUUCCGUUUUACUGCAUUGGUUUCAAGUCAUCCGCCCCAGAAUACACCCUACGUACACGCAUUUGGGCCUCUCUUCGGACACAAACUUUGUACCGCACCGUUUCUGGCUUCAUGAACUACAGCCGUGCUAUCAAGCUUCUCUACCGUGUAGAGAAUCCAGAGGUUGUUCAAAUGUUUGGUGGCAACUCUGAUAAGCUGGAGCGUGAGCUUGAACGCAUGGCUCGCCGCAAGUUCAAAUUGAUCGUCUCUAUGCAGCGUUAUGCGAAGUUCAAGAAGGAAGAAAUGGAGAACGCCGAGUUUCUACUACGCGCCUACCCGGACCUUCAAAUUGCGUAUCUUGACGAGGAGCCGCCUGUCGGCGAAGGCGAGGAACCCCGCCUCUACUCUGCUCUCGUUGACGGCCAUUCAGAAAUUAUGGAAAACGGCAUGCGUCGCCCGAAGUUUCGCAUCCAGCUGUCCGGUAAUCCUAUUCUUGGCGAUGGCAAAUCAGACAACCAGAACCACUCUCUGAUCUUCUACCGUGGCGAGUAUAUUCAGCUGAUCGAUGCCAACCAAGACAAUUACCUCGAAGAGUGUCUCAAAAUCCGCAGUGUACUGGCCGAGUUCGAAGAGAUGAAGACUGAAAAUGUGUCUCCCUAUACACCUGGUGUUAAAAACCCGGUUGCUGCCCCUGUCGCUAUUCUCGGUGCUCGCGAGUACAUUUUCUCUGAGAACAUCGGUAUUCUUGGUGAUGUCGCUGCUGGCAAGGAGCAAACAUUCGGUACGCUUUUCGCCCGUACACUGGCUCAGAUCGGUGGCAAGCUGCACUACGGUCAUCCCGAUUUUCUCAAUGGCAUCUUCAUGACUACGCGUGGUGGUGUCUCAAAGGCCCAGAAAGGUCUUCAUCUCAACGAAGACAUUUAUGCCGGCAUGAACGCUCUUCUACGUGGUGGUCGCAUCAAGCACUGCGAGUACUACCAGUGUGGCAAGGGUCGUGACCUUGGUUUUGGUUCUAUUCUGAACUUCACUACGAAGAUUGGUACUGGCAUGGGUGAGCAGAUGUUGUCCCGCGAAUACUACUACCUCGGUACACAACUGCCGCUAGAUCGGUUCUUGUCUUUCUACUACGCCCACCCUGGCUUUCACUUGAACAACAUGUUCAUCAUGCUAUCGGUUCAGAUGUUCAUGAUAUGCCUGAUCAACCUUGGUGCACUGCGCCACGAGACCAUCCCUUGCGAGUACAACACCAACGUGCCUAUCACCGAUCCGCUCUUCCCCACCGGUUGCCAGAACACCGAUGCCCUUGACGACUGGGUCUAUCGCUGUAUUCUGUCGAUUUUCUUUGUCUUCUUCUUGUCCUAUGUCCCUCUCAUUGUCCAGGAGCUAACGGAGCGUGGAGUCUUGCGCGCUGUGACCCGUUUCCUAAAGCAGUUCUUCUCUUUCUCUCCAUUUUUCGAGGUCUUCGUUUGCCAGAUCUACGCCAAUUCUGUUCAACAGGACUUGUCCUUUGGUGGUGCCCGUUACAUCGGUACUGGCCGAGGCUUUGCAACUGCACGCAUUCCAUUCGGUGUGCUUUUCUGCCGGUUUGCUGGACCAUCCAUCUACUUCGGCGCUCGUCUGUUGAUGAUGCUUCUUUUUGCUACUGUCACAAUUUGGCAAGCAGCUCUGACAUACUUCUGGAUCUCCUUACUUGCCCUGAUCGUGUCGCCCUUCUUGUACAACCCGCAUCAGUUUGCCUGGAACGACUUCUUCAUCGACUACCGCGAUUUCCUUCGCUGGUUGUCUCGCGGUAACUCUCGUUCUCAUGCGUCGUCAUGGAUUGCCUACAGUCGCUUGUCACGUACACGCAUUACUGGUUACAAGAGGAAGACAGCUGGCGACCCGUCUGGCAAAUUGUCCGCCGACGUUCCCCGCGCAGCAAUCACGAACAUUUUCUUCAGCGAGAUCCUCACCCCGUUGCUGCUCGUCGUUGUGUGUCUGAUUCCUUACCUUUAUAUCAACGCACAGACAGGCGUCUUGAAGCACAACCCAGACGCGAAAGCUACUGCUUCUCUCCUGCGUGUGGCCAUCGUGGCAUUUGCGCCUAUUGCUGUCAAUGCUGGCACCCUCGCUGCUAUGUUUGCUAUGGCCUGUUGCAUGGGCCCAAUUCUGAGCAUGUGCUGCAAGAAAUUUGGCAGUGUAUUGGCGGCUAUUGCCCAUGGUGUUGCGGUGGUCAUGUUGUUGGUCUUCUUCGAGGUGAUGUUCUUUUUGGAAGGAUUCAACUUUGCACGAACACUUUUGGGCAUGAUCACCGUCGUUGCCAUCCAGCGUUUCAUCACGAAGCUGAUUAUCUCUCUUGCUCUGACCAGAGAAUUCAAGAGCGACCAGUCGAACAUCGCAUUCUGGACGGGCAAGUGGUACUCCAUGGGCUGGCACUCCGUGUCUCAACCCGCUCGUGAGUACUUGUGCAAGAUCACAGAACUUUCCAUGUUUGCUGGUGACUUCGUGCUAGGCCACAUUCUUUUGUUCAUUAUGCUGCCUGUCAUCCUCGUCCCUCAGAUUGACAAGCUGCAUUCCAUGAUGCUCUUCUGGCUGCGACCCAGUCGGCAAAUUCGCCCGCCUAUCUACUCUAUGAAGCAAUCGAAGCUCCGGAGAAGACGUGUCAUUCGAUACGCCAUUCUUUACUUCGUGAUGUUUGUUAUCUUUGUCGCUCUCAUUGUCGCCCCCAUUGUCGCCGGUGAUAAGAUUCCCUCGAGCAUCACCAAACAACUGAACUCGACAAACCUCAUGCAGCCUGACAACCAAAAUAAUAACGAUACUGAGGGUCAUACUCAGACUGGCACCGGUGCGCCUGGCUACAGUGGCGCUCUGGCAACUGUCACUGGUUCUGCUGCUUCGUCUGCUUCUGCCGGGGCUAAGAUUCGUCUUUUCUAA